AUGUUUCACAAAAAAUAUAAAAUAAAAAAAAAAACACUCAAGCAACAUCCAAUUGUUUUAGUACAAAUGGGGCAAUUACUACGUGAAAACAAGAAUUUGAGGAAUAGAGGUUAAAUCCCAAACCCGAGAACAAUCCAACAUUACUAAAACUAUAAAAGACCCAUAACUUCCUCAUACCAAGCUUCCAAAAACACCUCCUAGCACAAUAAAGAGAUAUCAUGCCAAUUGUGAAAUAACAAUUGACUAAGCCCAGAGAGUGAGGGAUACCUCAAGUGCUUAAAGCUCCCUUCUCAAUCAGGUGAUCUUGGAAUCAAUUCUCCACUCGUUCCUGUCCAAAAAUAAAAAUAAAAAAUAAAAAAUUUACUAAAAUGUAGUUUAAAUCUUAGAUCAUGUUCAGGUUAUUACUAUGCUCUCUAAUUGCUCGAUCAUUCUUUAACACCCAACACCCACUCUUCUUCUCCAGAUUGAAGAACAACAUACAUUGCAAGUGGGUACAGAUGGGUGCUGGCAGUGUUAAUCCUGAGUAUUCAAAAAUUGCAAAGUUUCGAAUGUGCAAUGUAUCUGGUUAUAUGACAGAGUUGCUGGAAAUUCAGGCUCCAAAUCCCACAAUGCAUGUUUUGUUUAUCCCUGGAAAUCCAGGUAUUGUAACAUUUUACAACGAUUUUGUGGAGUCAUUGUAUGAGGAACUUGGUGGAAAAGCAUCAAUUACAGCUAUUGGGCACAUAUCCCACACAAGCAAGGAUUGGGAGCAUGGACGCUUAUUCUCAUUGGAAGACCAAAUUAACCACAAGAUUGAUUAUAUUGCCCAUGAACUCCAAAAUAAUAGUGCUCCAAUCAUACUGGUUGGGCACUCUAUUGGAUCUCAUAUAGCAUCUGAAAUGUUUAAGAGAGCUUCACAGGUUAUAUACUUCAUUGGGCUAUACCCUUUCUUGGCUUUAAAUUCCAAAUCAUCAAAGCAAACUGUAAUCAGGAAGCUAGCAGAGUCUUCAAUAGUAUGUUCAUUGGUAAGCUCUAUAGUAGCUCUGCUGGGUGUUGUCCCCAGUUUAUCAAGGUUUAUUGUGAAGACGACUUUAGGCAAUUCAUGGUCUGCUGCUGCUAUAGAUGCUGCUUGCUCCCACUUGUUGAAGUACCAUACAAUGCAAAAUAUGCUGUUUAUGGCAAAGACAGAGUUUGAGAAGUUUUCAGAAGCACCAGACUGGGACUUCCUGAAAGCUAAGCCAAAUCAAAUAGCAUUUUUAUUUGGCAUUGAUGAUCAUUGGGGUCCGUUGUCAUUGUUUGAAGAGAUUUCCAAACAAGUUCCUGAUGUUUCUUUGUCAAUCGAAAAAGAGGGUCACGACCAUGCUUUUAGUUGCACUGAGGCUGGCUCCACUUGGGUUGCCCAGCAUGUAGCUGGCUUGCUUAAGAAACAUUUGUAAACACUGUACUGUCGUCUGGCUCUCCAUUUGAUGAGUAAACAAUGAAGAGAAUGUUACCUUCCUGGUCCUUAUUUCUUUUACUUUAUUCUCCACACUUCUUCUGAAAGUUAACUGGUUAUAGAUUCUGUAAUGGCUUAAGUGAUACAAGUUUGUCAUAUGUACGUUUCGUUUGCUGCUACACCUGUGUACAUAAUGAAAUAAUGAAUUGCUCUA